AGCGUCACCAUACAAGACACAAGAUUAGUAGUCCCUUAUAAGUAGCCCACGCAGCAUAACGGUUCUUAGGUCCUAAGAGGAGAAAAAACUGAACCAGACUAAAAAUGGCAGGAGCUGACAUUGAUGACUACAUCGAGACGUACUUCGGGCAAAUAAAAGAAAAUGUUGAUGAGAUUUUUAGCAAAUUCGACAAGGACGGGAACGGUUUCAUUGACGCCAAAGAGCUGGAUUCCUUCAUCAAGGACAUUUGUAAUAACGAGUUAAGCGAAGAUGACGUCGCAUCAUUCAAGACGGGCCUCCUUGCAAAGCUGGACGAGAACAAUGACAACAAGAUCUCCAAGAAAGAGCUAAGGAAGGUUCUACCAACCAAGAGCAACUUUAUGAGACAGUUCCUAACCACGAAAGAAUUCUGCCAAGUAGACUUUAUCAAGAUUUGGAAGAACUACGACAAAGAUGGCAGCGGAUUUCUUGAGAAGCCUGAACUACAGCUCUUCCUUGAAGAACUCUUUGCAGUCAACAAAACGCCUGGUCAGAGAAUUGACGAGAAAGAAAGAGAGAAAUUUCAAACCAUUCUGCUCGACGGCAAAGAAGGAGUCGAUAAGAAAAGUCUGAUGAAGCAUCUCGGAGUGAAAGCUGCAUGCGAUGAGGUCGCGGCCAACGCGAUGGACUGGAAACAAGCCGACUUCGACGAGAAGUUCGCCAAGUAUGACAAGGAUAACAGCGGGUGCAUUGAGAGCGGUGAGCUGGAAGUCCUAUUCCGUGAUCUUCUGAAAAUCAACGAUACGGAUAUAACAGAAGAAGACGUGAAAGACUACGUACAGUCCGUCGUCAUGCCAGACCUUGACAAGAACAAAGAUAAUAAGAUCCAGAAAGACGAGCUGAAGUCAUACCUGAAGAUCAAGUGAUCGCCGCUAGCACAAGCUUAUCAUUAGGUCCAAACCAAUCUGCAAACGUCUUGACGGUUGAUCAGGCGUCUCGCUACAGCUUGGUCUCUGUUCGGGAUCCCUGUGGUUGAACUUAAGACAGAAGGGGCUGGGGAGGGCCAAUGGUUUCCGGUCACUUUACAACUCUUAGCAGCCACAGGGAAACCAAUAUGAAAGCCUUGGACUUGGUUGGUAUUGCUACUUUUUUGUACUUAUAUUAGGUCAUGUGACAGGGAAAAUCAUUGGUUGAAAUGAUGUAUCUUUUGGGAAAGGGCGGAUAUUUAUUUAUAGGUAUUGUUUCAUUUAUUGUUGAUAUUUUCAUCAAUAUGCUAUAACAAUUUUACACCAAAGUUUUUGGUUGAAAGUUAGUUUAUCUAUUUGUAGAGGGUGAAUUUUUUAUUUAGGCAUUAUUUCAUUAAUUACUGAUAUCAUUAUAAACUUUUAUAUCAAUUUAAUAUCAUUAUUAAAAAUAUAUCGUUUGA